CGAUGUUUCGACUUGAUUACGUGUCUUGUGCACUAUUAUCUGGAUGAUGAUGCGGAAACCAAUCGCUUGCGCAGCGAUUUGCGUACAUUCUGCCCAACAAUCUUCUCUGCGGAUGAUGCCAGAACAGUGCAAGCUACAGAAAUGAUCGAGCAAGCACGCAACUUACCGCCUGGUCUGGCCCGAAAAGAACUUCUGGAAGAAGCUGUGAAACUGUUAAGAAGUAGUGUGCAAAAGCUUAAAUUGCCAUUGAUUUGUGAGCUGCUAUACGAAGUUAAUUAUGUGCAAGGGAUCGCUGAUUUGGUGCUGGCACGUGCAGAAAAAGAUGAUCCAAAAAUGCUGGCUCUUAUUGCCUAUAAAAAUCGCCUGGAAGAUUCAGAAGUAUUCGCGCGAGAGGCAAUAAUGAAGAGGAAAGAAGCGUACAGAUGCAUUACCAGUACACUCGAUCGCAUUAUGGUUGAUGAGAGAAGCUUAGGCACCGGUGACCAACUCAAUCCCUCAAAAGAUAUUGUAAUUAGAAGUGUUUUUGACUCGAAAGAUGAACUUGCACACGUAGCGGUUUUCAAGUGGCUUCUGGAACACGAUUUCGUCAACGUUGUUCUGCAGAGCAAAUCGCCUUAUCUGGAAAGCUUUCUGCAUCGUCGUGUUGAGGAAGGUGGUUCAAGCCGCUCGCUGGACCUUCUGUGGCGAUUCCAUGAGCGCAGCGGUGAUCAUCGAAAAGCUACGGAUCUUCUUUUCGAACUUGCACAGCGUGAAACUGAUAAGCUCAGCAUUGACCGUCGUGUUGCAUAUCUGUCGCAGGCGGCGAUGUGUGCUCGAUCGGCCAGUUCGGAAGCAGAUCCGGGCUCCAACAUUCACGAUUUGAUAGUGGAGAUAGGUGAUAAGCUGGAUGUUGCUCAAGUGCAGCUUGCAACCAAGUUAGUUCUUACACGCUUGCUAUCGUUAAAACCGUAG